UACGACGCAGUCUGUCGAGACUAGCGCGAGUGAGUCCAUCGUUUCACUUCGAAAACGAAAUUCUUCGAGUACUCGAGCAAGCCCUGGAACGCGAUUUUUGUAAUUCUAAUCUAAAUGUGUGCGAUUUUUUACUCGUGAUAUUCGACGUAUUGUGCCACGUUACAGCUCAAAAUGUUCGACUUAGAUUAUCGCUGACAGUAAAAAUAAGCAUUGAAAUGAAAAAGUAACGGUUGCAGCUUAUUCAAUAGCAAUAAUGUGAUUCUCAAAAUAUUUGCAUUGGUAGCUUAUUUACGAUUAAAACAUUCAAUUUCGAGUUCUCCGAUCUAAUUAUCACCCGAUCUAACGAUUUUUUUAUUAGUGAUGUUUCAAAGUAGCGAAUACAACGAAAUUAUCUCAAAAUAUUUUCGCUUGUUGGCUAUUUCGAUAAACGAUCGAUCGAGGACCGAGAGACGAGUGUGAACUUUCAGUAAACGCGUAUAUUAUAAAAACGCGAUGAUAAAAAUCAUCGCAAAUAGGAGUGUGCAGCUUUUGGCAGCAGAUUUAUUUCUCCGAAAAAAUAAAUAAAAAAAAGAAACCACGUCGAUCGACAAACGAUUUUGGUGGAUGCAGUUAUCGUUUUUGGUACUAAGACGAAUAAAAGUUGACACAAAUUGUUCUCUUUUUCGAAGAAAAAGUUCCUGGACGUUUGCUUCCUCAGGAUUGAACAUCAAGGACCGAUCGAUAGUUUGAAUGUUUCAUUUCGAAUGCGGAUCUUCGAAUCGUCUCGAGUUCGAUAAACGUGUUCAUGAGCCACGUUAGUUGCUCCGGCAUGGCUGUUUGGCGCCAUGCCGGGGAGAUUCCGCAAUGAAAUAAAUGUGCCUGAAUAAAUAUUGUGCAUUAAAUUUAUCCACGAAAAAAGGAAAACUUGAUCCGAUGAUGGAUACUAAAUUUGCUAACGUUUUGUUGGUUCCUGGACGAGUGCGGUGCGACGAAAUGGGAAUGGAUUAAGGAAAUCACGGAUUCAAGAAUUAAAGAAGACGGCUUAACGACCGGAGAUGACCGACGAACUAUUGUUCUCGGUGCUCGGUCUGACUAUGGACUCGGCGAAUACCAGCGAAAUAUUUCCUCCGACGUUAACAACACCGCCCUACGAUUACGAAGCAACAAUGUGUCGAACAACGAGCAACGAAAAUCCACACAUUUUUGAUGCCAACAUCGACACGAACGCGGGAAUUAACGAGACCGAGUGCUACACCGAUCUGACUUGUUCACUACCAAUGCCUUGGAGCGAUUGGACAACGAGUCCUUCUCUUUCAUCCAGCUGUUUCAGUGAACUCAGCGAACUAGACUCAGAGCUCGAGUGGUGUCUCGAUCGGAGUUGGAACGCGGAUUUGCCCGAAAGAACACCCCUCUGCACGCCCGGGUGCGAAGGCUUUUUGCAUCUUCCACUUCCCAAGCCUCAACAAGUGUUUCAACACGACGAGCCGUUGUUCGUUCUCGGCAUUGACCUGAGGGCGCUCGAAGAUACACUAGGAACUGACAUGAACAACAAUCAAUUCGAUGGAAACCUUUUGCUGUCAAACAACGCGAACGAUGCUCUGGCUACGCACGAUUAUACGAAUAGAAACAUAUCUCAUGCCGUCGAGGAUCGUUGCUUUCCGUGCACUUAUCAGGGCUGUCUCAAGGUUUACGCGAAAGCUUCGCAUUUAAAAGCUCACUUGCGUCGUCACACGGGCGAGAAGCCAUUCGCAUGUACGUGGGCGGAUUGUGGUUGGCGCUUCAGCCGAUCUGACGAAUUGGCACGACAUCGAAGAUCUCACUCAGGCGUAAAACCGUAUCCGUGCGAGAUGUGUACAAAAAGAUUCGCACGAAGCGAUCAUUUGGCGAAGCACCGAAAGGUUCAUCGUAAAAAUGCUUAUCCGUUGUUUCAAAACGGUAAACAAUUUCGUUCGGGCAAAAUGAAUGUUUUGCCAUCUGAACUUUAAUUCAAUGUGCGGCGAAAAUUUUCGUCAGGGACACUUGAUAAAUGCCAAAGAAUAUAACGUGUGACGAGCUAUUUUUCCAGUAUCAAUCAAACUAAACAAUACCUUAAAAUUAAAUCUAAACAAGCAAUAAGAAUGGUGAGAUUUUGGCUUUCGUUUGAAGUUGUGACGAGGAAACGAAAACACUUUGCAGCAAAACUCUCCGAAAUACUUCGUUGAACGGCCCAGCCAUCUUGCAGCGAUUUAAUUACAACAUGGCAGUUAAAACUUAUCAUAAAGUUUAUGUAAAUCUUUCGAUCAUCAUGGAGAUGCGAAAAAAAGGAGCAACGAGUCUCGACCGAGUGGAUGCGAAAAUAUAUCGAACUUCAUGAA